AUGAAACGUAUGGAGCGACUGUUAGAAGAAGAAGAGACACUAGAAACGGACAGAGACGUGGUGAGUAAUAAUGACCAAGUGGUUGCACUUCCUAGUCAAAUUGUAUGGCAGAAUCUAUCUGCAUUACAGGAUUGUCGUAUGACUUUAGACGAGACAUUCGAUAUGUUUAGAUUAAAGAUUCAAGAGAGUGUAGCACUUGUAACUGCUGAUCCAGCACUAGAGAGAACAUUGAGUAGUAAUUGCUCAAUGCCAUUGUCAGAAGAGGAAGAAGAGGUGUGCAGUUCUCCCGAGGGCGAUAUGGAUGGGGAAAGGAUAGAAGAAACAUCAUUUCAAGAUGUUGAACCAGUAAAAGGUCGAAAAGCUGCUGUAGCACUGAAUAAUGAUGUUACUGAAAGAGUACAGCAAGCACUGCAGGAUGAACACGAGUUUAAGCAUUUUAAAGCAAAUGCGCUUCAAUUUGGAACCGGCAAUGAUUCAGCUGAAAGCUUUUACGCUUACUUAGCACAACAUAUCCCAGCACCGGUACUGGACUCAAUUGUGGUGGACUUUGCAAGACUCUUACCUCAAGCGGCGCUAAGAGUACCGCUCUUGAAGGUGCAUUAUGAACAUAUGAAAAACGAAUUGGCAAGACCGAGCGUCGCCAAGUUUCGUAACAAAAGCUACAGCAAAGCAGUCACAUUGCGAACGUUGACGUCGUCAAGUGCCGAUGAAGCUGGCAGCAGUGACGAAGACGGCAAAGAGUACCCCUCGACGAUCCGACUCCGCUCAUUUAACCACCUUAUUUUUGUUAUCCAUGGAAUUGGACAACAUAUUGACUUUCGUGAUGGAGAAUUCAAGUCGUGGAAUGGAGAGACAGAUAUCGAAGGCGGCAAUCACGCAUUUCGAGAUAUUUUUCGCACAAUGCUAGAAACUACCUUUCAAGAUAUUCCAAUGGCACUAGAAAUGCAGUCGAUCGAGUGGCAUGAAGACCUUCAUGAACCAACGGGCUUAGACAACAUUUUUGACCUGAUCUCUCCGGAAGGAGCGUCUGCCAUUCGUGAAUUCAACAAAGAAACGUUCAUGGACGUUCUAUACUAUUUAUCACCCCGGUAUGGACAACUUAUUGUGGAUUCGGUCACUCAGCAACUCAAUGAAAAGUACCGUGUCUUCAUGAACGAACACCCGGGAUGGGAUGGCAAGUUAUCAAUAUUCGCCCACUCACUUGGCUCGAUGAUUUCGUACGAUAUUCUGACACACAAACCGGGCGAUAUCGCCGGUAAUGGCGUGCGUUUCCCUGGUCUGGAAUUUGAGGUUGACAAUUUCUUUGGAGUCGGUUCUCCGGUGGGAGUGAUGAUUUUGGCGAGGGGAGACCUCAAUAUUGACGACGGAAAGUUUACUCCUGGAAUCAAGAUUCCAAAUUGCCGACGGUAUUUCAAUGUUUACCACCCCAUCGACCCGAUUGCUUAUCGUAUUGAACCAUUAAUCAUGCAAGAAAUGCGUGAUAAGGAACCAGUGCAGUUAAUGCAGUAUAGUGCAGUUAAGGAUCAAAGCUUUGGUCGACUGCAGGAAUUGUGGGAAGGUCUAACAAGUCCAGUGCACGGGUUUGCGUAUCGCCAUGACUACGUCAUGCGUCGUCGAAAACGUGAACAAGGUAUGAUGGAGGUAGCUUUUGCUGCUGCCUCCCACUCGUCUUAUUGGAUGAGCGAUGAUGUUGUACUGUUUACUCUCAUGCAAUUAUGUCAGCCGGUGGUUGACAUUCUGCACCGGUACAUGAGUGCACGAGUUCCUUUGCCAAAGCUUAUGAGAAGCAUUGUGAAGCUCACGCCGCAUGCAAAGAUCUUAUUGUCUGCGACAGCCCUCGUUCGCGACCGAUGCACGGGUUUAUCGCGCGAGCAGGUUGUUUUAAUGGACAAGGAUCGUCUUUAUUUUCUAUCCCGACUGAGUGAAGUUGCCUGCCGUCGAAAGUGGCGACUCAAGCUGACUGCGACGACAAGAGCUAUGUAUGGAGAGGACUCAUUUAUGAUGAAGAUUAUCCCGAGCGAGACUUCCGCUUCACCGACUGUACCGCCAGCAUUGAAUAAUGCCGUUCUUCCUGAUGUACACGUUUUUAAGGCUACAUCGACGCCGGUUCGUGACGCUUGGAUGGAGGCAAUUAAUCGAGCAAUCGACAAAGCUGAUGAUGAUUUAACUGCUGGCAAGGCUACCCUAGAUACUGCAAACCUUGUUGAUCUUCCAACUGGAAAGAGCAUCGAUUAUUUCAACGCGAUUAAGGCUGGUUUUGCCAAAGAAAGAACCGCAAACGGGUGGUAUGAUUCGUGGAAUGACCGGUGGCUAGUUUUGCAAGAUGAUUAUCUGUCGUGCUACGAAAACUCGCCGAAGCUCGAUUUUGUUGCACAGUUCCCACUUCGAAUGACGAAGGCGUGCUGUUACGAGCGUGAGUAUCUUAUUCGUGUGGUAGCUCGUCGUGGAGCAGCGUGCGAAAUGCGAGUGCAGAACCAAGAGUCAUUUAACCGCUGGGUAGAAGUACUUGAAAAAAUUCCCACGGUGGAAAUUAUUCGUCACGAAGAUUUGCUGGAAAACAGUCCAUCCUCAGUGCUGAUUAUGUCUGAAAGCUCGAGAGAGAGUUUUGAUGGAGCUAAAAGAGUGGGUCUAGUUGGCGAAUGGUUAAAAACGAAGAUUGAAGGAUACCAAAUUCAAUUCGAUGAGAACGGCCAAGAAUAUGUUGCUUUCGUUAUCCAAGUUGCAUCGUCAACUGCAGGCAGUAGUGUUGUUCAGCGACGGUACUCUGAGUUUGCCAUAUUGCAUCGCCAGCUGCGCAAAAUGUUUCCACACGAGCAGAUUCCUGCACUACCCGGUACAAGGAUGUGGAACAAGUUUGAGCCUAACUAUUUGAAACAGAAGGCUAUCGGACUUCACGGCUAUCUUAAUGAGGUAUGCAAGAGAUGUGCAAAUACACGUGCACUAGCACUAUUGCUGGAGUUCUUAAAGCUUGCACCGCCAGCUUCUUCAGAGCCAGAGGAGAAUAACGAAGAAAAGAGUUAG